AUGGCAAACGGAAAGGGUGGGGUGGGUAUCGUCUGGGUGACAAAGCGGGGAGGAAGGAUGCGAGCAUGCUUCAUUGUGAGCCACAGUGUGUUGUGCCUUUGUGGGCAGCGGCACUUUGAUGGGGGCAAGCUAUGGCUCACUGUGUGGAUAUGGUCGAAUGGGCCUGCCAAGUCCUUGCAGCUGCUCUGCUCACUAGUCCCGCCCAGACACACAGAACUUGACAGCACGACUCCAUGCCUUGCAUACUUGAGGCAGAACCUGCUGCCAAAGCAAAAGAUUCUUGUCUUGGGGAAUAAUACAACCUGA